GCAAUCUUUUCAAAGUGCAAGCAUGCUUUCCAGCUGCUGAAUCGUUAGCUUUGGUCAUGAAGGCAUGCAACUGUUGGCAUGGGUUUCUUAAACUUUUCGUCGCAGGCCGCGAUGGCAUCAGAACUCUGACCAAAGCUCCUGAGCCGGCUUGUUCCAAAGGACGGACUGAGGGUGAUGCGAGAUCCGAGCCUCCAUUGAUCUUGGAGGCGCGGAUCGCUGCGCGGCAAGACGAUGCCGAAAGUUUGAACAUCUUGACGGGCGUACUCAGGCGCUCUAUUCGGGGGUUGGAUGAACAGGGGCGGACCUUGCUGUACUAUGCGGUGCGCGGAAACCGUGAUGACGCAGGACAAAGCCAACCAUCGGCAUCAGUGGCACGGAAACUCCAAGGCGCUGACGCACAAUGGGACGACGUGCCCAGAUAUCUGGUGAACAGGCAGCAGUUCGACGUCAAUGUCCAGGUCGCCGGCUCAGGCAUGACGCCGCUCAUGGAGGCCGCGCGCUUCGGCAGCCUCGACUCGGUGCGGCUGCUGCUGGAGCUCCGUGCGGACCCUGGGCUCCGCAAUGCCCGAGGUGACACGGCGCUGGAGGUGGCUCGCUCAAGAGUGCCUGAGUACCUGGACUUCAAGGAGAUGCAAUGCUCAGAGACUCGGUGGGCGAUAGCGAAGGAGCACGUGGACAAGGACAGGAGCCGAAUCGCUGAAAUCCUUCAGUGCGCUGGAUAGAUAUACUUCG